AUGGGUGCUGCUGCCUCGUCCUCGUCUGGUGUUCCUGCUACUCGCGCCAGCCGUCGCUCCUCGACCGCUCCUCCACCACCGUCUUCUGACCCAUCAGGGUACACUCAACGCGCCCUUGAAUGGCAACAACUCCGUCAAAGUCACGGGCCAUCGAGCCCAGAGUUCAGAACCUUCGCCCACAGGGCAUACACACUCGCCGCCCUCGAGGGCAGAACCCAAGAGGGUCAGCUACCUCCGUAG